AUAGAUGUGCGAGAUGUCGGAUGCGGCCGUGUUUUUCUUCGCAAACCCCAGCUUUGACUCGCUGCAAAGUGUAACCCUUGUUCACUACAAUGAUGACAUUUCUAUCGAGGAGUCUAGGCAAGCACACAUCUACAAGGCGAGGGAGCUCAUCUUCCGGGAGAGUCAUGUGAUUGCGACCCCCGUACUCCGGAUGCCGUACUCUGUGUUGGCCGUCAUGCAGACGAGCCUGCUGGACAGCGAACCAUUCGCGCAGCGCCUGGAGGCGAUGCAGCUGCGCGUGUGCUCCAGGCAGCGCGUGCUGCCGCACGAGUUCCAGUCGUGCCUGGCUUACACAAUGGUGGCGGUGCUGGCCCCGGCCUGGAACAAAGUGGGACAGUACCUCUGCCAAGGAAGAGACUUCUUAGUUGCCACCGGCGUUCUACCAGCAGUAGAGUGGAAGAUAUUAGCCACAGAGACGAAGACCGAGCUGACGGUGGCCGCUGGUGGUAUCCGGCUGCGACACAUGACGUUGGCCGACCUUCUGAGGGUGUCGCUAAUUGACCGCGCCACAUUGGAGCGGCUGUGCGUGGUGGAGGUACCGAUAGAGCCUCUGCAAUGCUACGUACUGCCAAGCAUGAAGACCGCAACUGCCAUAGCAACGUCCUUCAAAGUUUGCUCCGAUUGUCCGUACAGAAGCUUCCAGGAGUUGAAGAGGUUCUGGAAAAACACCUACGGCUACCGCAUCCCGGAGGAGACGGAGAGGACGAUGAUCUACGUGAAGGUGCGGUUCCGAGCGAGCAGCGACCGCUGCUACGUGUACCCGAUCCUGUGCGUGCGUCCCACGGAGCCGCAGCCCUUGGCGCGCGUCAACCCUGACCCCAUCAUAGGCGCCUUCCUGGAAUGCGUCCAGCUCAGGAUGAGCCAGGUGUGCGGACAGGGGUUCCCCUUGGUGUCGCGCGAUCCGGCCUUCCCCACCUCGGAGCUGCUCUGGACGGCCAAGGACGCCCAGACUGAAAUCGACAAAGUAAGCUGGACACCAAGACCAAGAUCUGCACAAGUGCCGUACAGGCCGAAAGUAUCCUUUGAAGCAAAGCCUGUGACAGUCUUCAUCGGCGACGUGGAAAUAGUGCCGGAGAGUGAUGAGGAGGUUGAGAAGACGGAACAGAACAAUUACUCUAGUUCGACCAAGAUAAAACCAUGUUUUGGACCAAAGCAAAGCGGCAUCCACGACAGUCGCAUCGAAGCUAGCGCCAGCGCACGACCACUAGAUGCGCCUGGUUGCAGCCGUGAGCGACUGGGCAACACAUUAGCGAGCCCUCAAGCGUACCAGCGAGCGACGGCAACCGCGUUCCCUGCUGUGGUAGAAUGGCUGAAUUCUUGCGAGUUUCCUGUGGUGCAGAAAGGAAAUAACGAAAUAACUGCGGUGAAAAAGGUGCCACAUGGUGAACCCAGGGCUCCCCGAGCUACCUGCACAGACACGACGAGCUGUAAGGCACAAACGGUGGCCUCUCCAGUUACCGCAAGGUCACAGCAGACUCUGCAAGGACAACAGCCAUGCAGCUCCACUGUUACUGUGCACAAGAGUCAUGGUUUUUCUGUAGGUGAAAGUCCUAAAGAAGCGGGAAGUAAACUCACAAACCAAGUGAAGAUCGCACAUCUACCCCAACAGGCUUCUACGCAACUCGGAGCAAGCAAAGGUGCGCCCACACUGAAUAUUUAUGAUUCCUCAAGCGACGGGACUACUAAAUACGCAAUGCCUGGACAUUCAGGCUACACAAAGGUCGCACAGCAACCGCAGAAAACGUCUGCGCAAAUUGGAGAAAAGUGGGACAGUUUAACUACUCCCGCACAGAACAUUAACGAUGUCUCACGCGGUAAAGCUCCUGGAAACGAAACAGGUGGAGUAACCAACCAAUUAGCAGCGCAACUAGCAGGGGGCACAUCCACGCAACAUGGAAGAAUGUGGGACGGCUCAACUGCUACCGCACAGAAUAUUCAUGGCCUUUCACAACGUACAACUUCUCUAUCCUCAGGCGGUAUGCUUCCAACACCAGCCAAAAUAGAUCAACCAGCACAGAAAUCAUUCUCCACUAUGCUCAAAGGUAUGUGGGACGGAGCUCUUUCUACGGCAAGGAACACGCCAACGUUCGACAACGAUGGGAGACGAUAUCAAAAUGCGCAGACCUCGAGGCACCCUCAGUUGCUUAAGCUCGGCCAACCAGCAGUACAGCCAGGUCCGCCUCCUGCAAUAAAACAGAGCACAGUGAGUCUGUCGCUGAACAAGACAAACGGCCAGCAAAGAAUCACUUUUGACCGACGCAAAGCAACAGAGCCACGUCCGUCUCCAGCAACCAAGCAGAGCACGGGCAGCUUGUCGAUUUACAAAACAAACGACCAACAAAGGAUCACUUUCAACAGCCACGAUCACUUUCAAGCAAUACCCCGUGCAGCCGCAAGUUCGACCAAAACUUCAACUUGCACAGGCGAGAAAGCUGGCCAAGAGGAAAAGACAAGUUUUUUGUGUGUUGCCAACACAGUUAACGCAGACGAGGAUCCCACAGCCCGAGAGGUUGCUUCGCAACCCUUGGAAUCAGCGCCAAAGGAAACAGAUGACCUCCCGACAUUCUAUAGUACACAGGUGGAGGGACGCAAAGCAUCCCGGAAAAAGGCAAGCACUCGUAAGUGUUGGACAAUUCCAGAAGUUGACAGCCUGCUCAGAGAUAAAAAGUUUGACAUGCUCAGCAAGGUAAACUCGACUGUGCUGCUUGCUUGGUUGUGCCACAACAACAUUCCUUGCAACAUCAAGACCAAGAAGAGUGAAAUCCUCUCCAAGGUAAUUCAGCACGCUGCAAAAGGGUGACAGCAGCAAGAUUACUGCAAGAAGCUUUUCUUCUCUCCUUGGGUUCUUUUAUUCGACAAAAUAAAGCAUGCCGCCACAGCAGUCUUUACCA